CGUCACAACAAGCGCAGAAGCAGCUGGUGACUCGUCAUGAUGGUGGACCGCAUCUAUAAGCCACUCUUAAAGGACGACACCGAUGGACAGGUAGAUGUUUCGGUCUGACUGUGCUCUAUUUGUGUUUUGUGGUUGCCAAGUGAUGCCGUAUUCAAGGAUCAUAAUCUUAUACUGAAAAAGAGGCAGGAUAAAGACGUACCCCGACCUGGAAAGAGUUAGUUUGGGAUUAAUUCUGGAAACAUGGCAGUGUCCCUGACCCAAGCCUGCCGGAGUCUUGCCCUGUCUACAUGGCUGCUGUCGUUUUGCUUCGUGCAUUUGCUGUGUCUGGACUUCACAGUGGCAGAGAAGGAGGAAUGGUACACUGCCUUUGUCAACAUCACUUACCUGGAUCCAGUCACAUCUGAAAUAAAGACAGACAAGAGUGAAUGUGGCAGAUAUGGGGAGCACUCUCCUAAAAGAGAUGCCAGGGGCUUCGUGUUUAUGCCAUCUCUUCUGCAGGACAGACAGGUGUGUGACAGUAACACUAAAUUCCCUCUCCCUCAUCCCAACAUCCCAUGGAUAGCACUGAUAGCCCGAGGAAACUGCACCUACAGGGAGAAGAUCAGACACGCUGCUGCUCUCAAUGCAUCCGCUGUGGUCAUUUUCAACAUGGGCUCCACCAACUCCAAUGAGACCAUUACUAUGCCACAUCACGGAACCGGCGAUGUGGUGGCGAUCAUGAUUCCCGAGCCCAAAGGUCGUGAGAUCAUGGCCCUGCUGGAGAAGAACAUAACCGUGGCCAUGCACAUCACCAUCGGCACGCGCAACCUGCAGAAAUACGUCAGCCGCACCUCCGUGGUGUUCGUCUCCAUCUCCUUCAUCAUCCUGAUGAUCAUCUCUCUGGCCUGGCUGGUCUUCUACUACAUCCAGCGCUUCCGCUACGCAAACGCACGCGACCGCAACCAGAGGCGAUUGGGCGACGCUGCAAAAAAGGCCAUAAGCAAGUUACAAGUGCGGACCAUCAGGAAGGGUGACAAGGAAACCGAGUCGGACUUUGAUAACUGCGCAGUGUGCAUCGAAGACUACAAACCUAAUGAUGUUGUCAGGAUCCUGCCGUGUCGGCAUGUCUUCCAUAAGAACUGUGUGGACCCGUGGCUGCAGGACCACAGGACCUGUCCCAUGUGCAAAAUGAACAUCCUUAAGGCGCUGGGCAUCCCGGCCAAUACAGACUGUUCUGAUGACAGCCCUCCUGAUUAUGAGAUGUCCGUCAGCGGGCCGCCCACCAACCCUGUGACGGGCGCUAGUGAGGUCUCAGUGGGCGAGAGCCUGGUGGUCCUGGACCCAGCUGUCAGAGCAAUAGGACUGUCUCAUAUUUCCCACCAGAUGGACUCGUUCCUGCAGGCUGGAGAGAGCCACCACAUCGCCAGCAGUGAACACCAGCCCUCCAUGAGCACAGAUUCAGACACCUCCCUCGUCAUGCCAGUGGAGCUCGUCCUGUCCAACACUGACCUGCGGUCUGAUCCAGAACAGGACGAGGUCAAGUCCUGAAGUGCCAUAACAGAGCGGGACCGCGGCAGGACAAUGAAAGAACACGUGCAAUAGCAGCACAGGUGUGCAACCUCCUUUUUCUGACCUCAUGGUCUCCAUCACUGCAAAAAAGGCUUGCUUGUCCUCUUCCUCUGGCUGUUUUGCACUCAAUGUCUUCUGUCUCGAGUUUGUGUUACCAGACUGGAAAAUCCACAUGGUCCUAUGAGGGAUGUUUUCCCUUUUAUUUUGGAAAAUUUAGACUGUUUCAACUUCACAAUGGGAUCACUGCCAGUAUACACCAGGAUAUUUCAAAAUGAAUAUACGUAAUGCUUCGAUGAGUUCGCUUUAAGUGGUUUCAGUGUCAGAUGCUCCUUGUGAAGUAUCACAGGUUCUUAUCGUAUGCGGGACUCUAUUCUUGCAUCUUCUGAUAUGUGAUGUGUUGAAUCAUGGCACAAUGAAGCCAGAAACACCAGCUCAUGAUAUGGGAAGUGUUUCAGCAGCCGAAUCCAGUGACCGUGUGUCACACCAGUGUUUGUGAAUCAUAAUGCCAUGAAAGCAGAUACUUUCCUCUCAUUUUGUCUUGACUGAGCGCUGUCAUUUUUCCACUAGGCCACAUGCACACUGCUUAAUCCAGUCUCACUCCGGUUUGUUGUCUAUACGAGUGACAACUGCAUUCACAUUCAACCACAUUCAAAGCUGCAUGCAUGUCACGUUCCAAUUAAACUGGAAAUGUAUUAAUUGCAAUUUGGAUUCUCAAAAAUAACUACAGGCCCGUUCACACCCAAAAUGAUAAUUAUAAGUGAUGCACCAAAGCGAAUUUUUUACAGAAACCAAAAAGUAGGGUUUUAUCUAGUUUGAAAACUGAAAACUGAAAGUUUAUUUAAUAAUCCAUUAUUUAAUCACAUUAAAUUGAUAUCCAACACUCAAAUAAAAGCUGACUCAUACAUAAACAUUCAAAUUGCAUUUUUAUGUACUAUACAUUUUUGAUUGUAUGAUUGCAAUUCGUUGUCAAAAUAUAAACAUCAAAAAGUAUAAAAUUAAUGAAUAGUCAUUUUAAGAGAAUAACACAGUAUGAUCCUUGGAAUCACUUUCAGAAUGUUAUUUUCCUAUUCUCUGUAUAUAUAAAUAUUUCUGGUUUCAUUAUGAUAAAAACAUUGGCAGCCAAUCAGAUUCCACCUGACUUAAUAUCGCAAGCAAAAUAAGGUGAAUUUGUGAAGAUAUAAUACAUAGCUCACGUCAUGCAUUACAUCAUCCCACAGUGCUAUGCUCUCAGCAACAGUGAUGGUUAUAAUAUCAAAAACAUCUAUUUAUUAGUUCAUUAUUUGAUUGGGUGCCAGAAUGAACAGCAGCUGAUUCCAGGGACUUGGAUUGUCAAUGUUAGUGAAGGUUUACUCAACAUUGAAUCGAAAAUGCUAAACAAACAAGUCUAUUUCUGAGAUUAUGGAUGCCACUCUCUGUCAUUUGACAGAAAUGUAUUUUUGUAAUCUUUUCCAUGUUAUUUUCAUGGAACACUGGUCAGUAUGAAGUGUUUACAGUGAACCAGUGUUCCAUUAUGAGUCAAGCAUCGUGAUUCACUCCCACAAAUAACAACAGUUGCCACUUCCUCCUCCCUGCCGUGUGCAUGUGGCCAUUGGUCAUUGUUUCUGACAUUAACCUCUUCAGAGGCACAAGGUUUAAAGAGGAAUUGUUGGGUUGGAUGUAAAUGUAAAGACCAGUAGAAUGUUUGUAAAUGUAGACACAUAUGAUUUCUACUGUAUAUUCCUGGAUAUUAUCGCAUAAACCCUUUUGCUGAAAGUGAAGUGAGUAAUUCUAAACCGAUAUGCAAUCUGAGCAGCUGAAUUGAUCUGAAGAGCUCAAGCAGCGCCGCAGACGCUUGCCUGAACAAUGGAUGACGACUGAAAAAUGUUGUUUGUCAUUGGUUUUGCUAUUGCUAUGGCUGCUGCAGAAAUUGCACACGUAACUUUUACAGGACAGCAGUAAAAGCACUUAGCAUUCUUGACCAGCCGGCCUGUUUUAAAUGACUGUUCGCUUUUUAUCGGGCACAGUGUGGACGGUGGAAGACUAUUGAAUGAUUAUUUUGAUAUCAAAGGGUUUAUUUUUCUAAAAAAAAAGACCAAAACAAUCAAAGGACACUUAUAUUAUGAAGAUAAACACCCCUUUUACAUAUAUAUGUUUUGUUAAAUAAUUAUUAUUAUUAUUAUUUCACUAAAUAGCUUUCAAGAAUGAAGAUAUUAUGAUCAUUUAUAGCAUUUUGUUGUUGAAUACAGACUUACAAAUUUAAAUAGUUAUUCUUAUUUGAAUUCUAUCAAUGGGAAUUAUUAGUCAUUUAAUGAGGUGUUUUGUUUUAAUGUUUAAAUCUUUUUUUCUCAGUACACUUCCCCAGUUAAACACGCUCUUUCCCAGAAGACCGAAGCUUUAGUGCUGGAUAUGUGUUGUGAUGUCCCGAGACUUGUGUGUUUGUAUUGAAUGGUCUUGCUGUGGAGGACAGCGCUGGGUUCUGUGAUCCUCAUAUUCAUAUUCAGGCUUGUGCAGUGUUAUUUGCAUCUGUCAGCCAAAAAGCACAUGAGAUUUCUCCUGAGAUCUGCAGAUUUGAUCGUCACUGUAGGCUAGCUUGUGUGAAACUGAUGUUUAGAGGAAUUCUGUGAUAUUAGAUGAUUAAGCACUUCUCAUUUGUAACAGAUGAUUCUUUCAGCACAAACAGUAUGACGGUGGGCUGGAUUCACCAGUUAUCUACAGAAAAAAGUCUCAAAAAUUCUAAGAUUAAUUCUUAAGAUAAAGUAUCAUUUGUGACAAGUUUGUAAGAAUGUAAAAAAAAAAAAAAAUCAGCAGUUCCUGGAGAAAAAAAUCUUAUGGUAAAUUCUAAGUUCAUAAAAAUGGGGAAAAAAUGCAAAUUCUAAAAACAAUUUUGAAAACUAAAAUGAUACAUUCUUAGGUUUUUAGAAUGUUCAAAAUAUGUGAAAUUCUUGACAAAAGAUCUACAUUCAAAUGAUAAAUUCUAAGAAGUUCGUAAGAAUGUAAAAAAAAAAAAUUGCAACUAUUUACAAAUAAUAUAUAAAAUUCAGAUCAAUUCUAAGAAGUUUGUAAGAAUGUUGAAAAAAAGUGCAGUUCUUGAAAAAAUGUGAUCUUUUUUUACAGACAUUGUUCUUAUCUGAAAAAGCAUGUACUGUAGAAUAUUCUCCUCACUACUGGCUUGGCUAAAGUUAUUUGCGAUCAUUUUAAACUUGAAUUUUUAUAAGCUUAACAUUUCAGCUGUAAAGUGUUGUCCAAAGAAAAAGUGUGAACUUUCAUAAGAAUUUAUUUUCUUACGUAAAAGGCAGUUAAGAAGAAUUGUAUUCUUAAGAAUGUUUUGUGAAUGUGGCCUCAAAUGGUUUCUUUGGUUCAUUGUGUUGUCUGUCUGAACUGUCUAGGAAUCAUUUUGUGAGUCCAUUAAAGCUAUCAUAUCAUG